GGCGUCCCGAUCCCUCUCGGAAUACCGGCUUCCCUCAGUGUGAUGAUGGAGGAUAUGGAAUCCUCAUUGCUGGAAGAUUUCUGCUUACACAUCAACACGAAGAUUUCGAAUAUUAAAAAAUAUUUACAAUUAAGAAAAAUAGGUGAAGAAAAAUGCCUCAAAGUUCUUCUCCAGAAAAUAGGAAAAGAUGUGAUCCUCUUGAAUGAUCUCCUGAAUAAAAUGGAAACUGAAGUUAAUCAGCAAGAAAAAAUGAAGCAUAUGCUACAAGAGCUCCAGCAGGCUGCCAAGAGAAACCUAAAAGAAGCACAGCACCUCCUUGAACACAUUCCUCCCCACCUGCCUAAGCGAACUCGGAACACCUUCCCUGUGCCAAUGUGAAACACGAAGAGCAAACGAAAGCGGCAGAACCUGAACCUGCCAAGCAACCUGCAAAA